GUGCCUUUACAAUCAAGCAAAAGGUGAGGGAUCAAGGAUCAUCAUUUGCAGGAAUUACUCUUUGGUAAGUCCAGAUCCAGAGAUCUUCUUAGACUGUAGGCAUCUAAUCUCACACUCGAGCUGUCACACUGGAGUGUUGAGAUAUUGAACAACCCAGAAGCUCCAGGUGAAGAAGAAACUAUCUGACCACUUUUUUUUUUGUUUUUAAAGUUUUUGCAUCCAUGGAAUCAGCUGUGUUUUUGUCAAAUGCUUCUUCCUACAUGCACCCACAAGGGGAGCCCCCUCUCUCACGCACUGGCUUCAUUAUUCUCUCCAUCAUUAUGGCUGUUUUCACUGGUCCAGCCAUCAUACUCAAUGCUACAGUGAUUAUUGUGUCCCUCAUGCACAAGCAGCUGAGGCAGCCUCUCAACUACGCUCUGGUGAACAUGGCUGUGGCUGACCUGGGCACAGCCAUGACCGGAGGGGUGCUGUCUGUCAUCAACAACGCCCAGGGGUACUUCUCCCUGGGAAGAACGGGUUGUGUGAUGGAGGGCUUUGCGGUGUCCUUGUUUGGCAUCACAUCCCUGUGCACAGUUGCUCUGAUCGCAGUGGAGAGGAUGUUUGUUGUGUGUAAGCCCUUGGGGCAAAUAACCUUCCAAAAGAAGCAUGCGGUCGGAGGUAUCGCUGUGUCCUGGCUGUGGUCCCUCACAUGGAACUUACCUCCCCUGUUUGGCUGGGGCAGGUAUGAGCUGGAGGGGGUCGGGACGUCCUGUGCACCAGACUGGCACAACCGAGACCCUCUAAAUGUCUCCUACAUCAUGGCUUAUUUUGCAGUAUGUUUUGCAGUUCCUUUUGCCAUUAUCCUGGCAUCCUACACAAAACUAAUGUGGACAUUACACCAGGUAUCAAAGAUGGCUUGUGUGGAAGGCGGUGCAGUAGCUAAGGGAGAGAUGAAGGUGGCACUUAUGGUGAUUCUGAUGGUCCUGACAUUUCUGAUCAGUUGGCUGCCUUAUGCCUCCCUGGCCAUGCUGGUGGUCUACAACCCUGAUGUGGAGAUUCACCCACUGGUGGGCACAGUGCCCGUCUACCUGGCCAAGAGCAGCACUGUGUACAAUCCCAUCAUCUACAUCUACCUCAACAAACAGUUCCAUAAAUACGCUGUGGCCUUCCUGCUGUGUGGGAAAGAGCCCGGGGAGGACGAUGACACUUCAGAAACAGCAACGACUGUAGAGACUACAACCAACAAAGUAUCUCCCGCCUGAAGUGUACACAUACCUACAACCAUCCAUUAACAUGUGUGAAAUAUGUAUAAUUCAGUUUAUACAUCCUUUUUGUCACCUGCUACAGACAUCGACGAUCUACAAUGACCACAGUGCUUGAAUGUUUGUGUUUUUUCAACUGAGAUGUUGUUUUAAUAUAUGAAGAUCUCAUCUAUAAUGGUUUCAGUACAAGCUCGUGAAAACAGUGUCCAGUGUCUAUUUGCUUUCUAAAAAGUGCAGAAUACAAAUAAAUGAGAACAGUAAUUCAGCAUAAGUUUAUUCAAUGAUGAUCAAUAGAAAAUAAAAUAUCAGUAUUGAUUCAAAUAAAGUCAAGGCCAAAAUAAAAUGAAAAAUACAAAAAAAUGUAUUGAUACAAAACCUAGAGGGUUAUAGUAAAGCAUUUGCUACUAAGAGAAAUUAUGUUUACUGAAUAAAAACAUUAAGGAGCAAAUAUCAAGACUUUCAAGUAGAGAACAUUACCAUGGGUCUUUCCAUACUUUUGUACAUAUUUUACAUUAUCUUCUAUUUAAAUACAGCUUUCAGAACAUUAAUAGUUGUUAUAGUAAUUAUAAUCAUAACAAUAUGAAGAAAACUAAUAGAAAUGUUCAAAUCAAUAUGUGUUUCUCUGUAAACUGGUACUUUACCAUUUUAUUUUUUUUUCCCUACCCAUGAACAGAGGAACAGUGCACCUUGAAAAUAUUUUUUAAUACUCUUUCAUUCCCAGCAUUGUAAGGUGAGGUGUAAAUGACAAAUAUAGAUUCCACUAAACCAUACACACAGUCACAAAAAGUACAAAAUUGUCUCACCUUAAUACACAAAUCUGUUUAGAAAAAGGAGAAACGAUAGCACUAUACAGUUACUUGUGCAAAGACAAACAGCUAUGUGCUAAUAUUUAAAUACCAUUGGUAUAGACUGAACCAAAUCAUUAUUUUUCUUUUUUUUUCAGGAAUCCCUGACAUGAGGUAAAAGUAAGUUCUUUUCAUCUUUAGUUUAACACAACUUUUAAAAGUGUUUACAAAAUAAUGCAUAUCUUCAGUUCAUCAGUACUGUAAUUGCUACGAAUAGUACAAUGUGCCUGUUAUGUGCAUUGGUCCUUUUAUAUGACGGUUCAUCAACAAAAGGACUAGAACACACUUUUUUACUCACAAACAAUUCAAAGAGCCCUUUCAAUGUGCACACAAAAUGGAAAACCUACAUUUUCAUGACAGUAUUCGGUUGAAUUAGAGUACAGAACGCACUCGCCUACAAAUCAAACACUCAUGAACAACAGAUCACAUUUACCCUAUAUAUCCUUGGUGCUAAUUCAAACUCUCCAUGGUAAUGCCUGAAAAAGCCCAUUUCAGUUUUUUUUGUCCAGUAUCCUUAUCGUGACAGAUCAAUAAAUGAUAACUGAUAAAAACAGAAAGAUAUUUUGUUGUUUGUGUUCAAACUUGUGGGUAUCGCUUGCUUCUUUUCAUGCAUCCAGAAGGGCGAGUUUACCCUUCUGGUCUCAUUAAUAAACAUGAUUAGAGGAAAAAAAAACAAAACACAAAGUCCAGGUUCAACUCUACUUAAUCUCUGUGAGACUCCACUGUGGGACGCUGUGACGGACAGAUAAGUUGAGACAAUGAUAUGUUGUCACCGGUGCCUAACGAGGUAUACUGUAUGCAGGAACCAGGCAGGCUGAGAGAGAAAAGGGGCGGGGGGUUUAGUAUUGCUUAGCCUCUCUCCAGCAUCCUGACACCAGGACACACUCUGUCCUUCCACUUACAACGAAUGUCUGCAUCGUCUGUUUCUGACCUUUGGAUGUGUGCAUUUGUCUCCUGCCACCACAGGCUCCGAGCCCUCGCACACGACAUGAAGACUAAGAUGUGACUGCGAAGAUUCAGUACAAAGGUUUAAUGGAAUCACACCAUGAUCAACAAAGAGUAGUGUAUAUCAUGGAAAAUCCCAGCAUGAGCUAUGAGAAAUAUUAAUUUAUCCCUGUUAUUACCAUCUAUCAUUUUUCGUUCUUUCAGCAGCAAAAAGGCAUUUCAGUAGGGGCUGACGGAACCUAGGUUUGACUCUGAAACCAACUAAAAAAGCAGCAUUGUUAAUGCACUAUGCAUUUUAAAUUCUUGUGCAUGCCCUGCACAAAAUAUGCAAACAAAUGUGUUCAUCACAUCUGUAUAAAAUUUCGGCACUGGAUCCUUGAGGCUUGCCUUCUAAAAAUGCUCCUUUAAAGGGGGCUUAACCUUAUGCAACUGGUGUUGGUUUGAUGAAGUAACACAUGUACUCCUAUGCUGAGAAAUCAAAGCCAUUUGCAUAUCCUGUGCAGUAGUGUUAUCACACAAGCAGAACCUCUUAAAAAUGCUGUUUCAUAGGCAAAAUAAAGGGUGCAUAUUAGCAAAGAAAUAAAAGGCAAACAAAUAUCAGAAUAUUGUACUUAAUAAAAUAAUGCAAGUCUGCUUUUAUAGCAUAACAGGAGUCACAAGGGUCCAUAUUGCUGAUCUUUUAAAUGAUACAUAAUUACAAAAUAUAGAAUAUCUCUUUACAAAGUUUCUUUUGUUAUAUAA